AUGACUUGUAAUGCUAGAACAACGUAUUGUGAUGCUGCCGUAAAUACAGAACUCAAGACAUAUAUCGAUACUGCUGUCAAUACAGAGAUAAUAACUUAUGAUUCUGUAGAAGUUCAAACCGACCGUAUUGAUAUCAUUGCGCUAAUUUUAGAACAAAAGGAUUCUCUUGAUCUAGACCAUUUGAUUAAAGUCAUAAUGGAAAUACAACAACAAAGCAAAGCCACUAUUGAUGCUACUAACAUCGAUACAACAACAAUCACGACAAAAACCAUUACCACAUUCGAAGAUACUGAAAAUAUUGAAGAAACCAUGCCUGUAUCAUCAUCACAAGAAGAAUAUAAUUUAACUGAUGAUAUCGUUAAUAAAGAAACUCAAACAAAUACCAUCAUAUAUACUACCACUGUAUGA